AUGCUAGCGGGAUCUUUGUCGUGCUUCUGCGCUUGCGCGUCAGCUGAUCAUUGGCUGUCCCACGAUUUUCAAGUCAGUUGUCCGCCUAAAUUUGUAGUGGUUGUUUUGUUCCUUGUGUUUGUUGAAGUUGUCAAAAUGAGCAGAAGGAAGAAGGCAAAGACUGAGGCAAGCGGAGAAUUUCCUGGUGAAAAUAUUCAGAUGUUUUAUGAAGAUGGAGAAACAUCUAAUACUGGUUCUGACAAGGCAAAGAUUGAAAAACAGUCAUCACCUAUUACUGGAGAAGGAAGUACUAGUGAUGUCAAUUCUGUUCCUAAUUCCACAAAUAAUACUCCUAUAAAAAGUGAAAAAGAAGAAGAAGGGGAACCAGAUUCUGAACAAGAGGAUCCUACAGGUCCUGAAGGUGCAGCAUACCAAAGUCGGCUACCUGCUGAUAAAAUGACAGCAGCUGAAGCAUCCUGUUUUCCUGAUAUUUCUAAUGACAAGCCUGCCUCACUUCAGUUAUGGAUCGAGAAACCGAAAGAACAGCUGAUAAUUGAGAAUGCUUUAGGUCAGAUAGAGCCUCCAUACAAUACAGAUGUUCAGUUGGUUCAUAGGAUUCAUUCAUACCUGGAGCGACAUGGUCUUAUCAACUUUGGUGUUUUCAAACGUUUAAAACCACUACCAGUUAAAAAAUACGGACGUGUCAUAGUUAUUGGUGCUGGCAUUGCUGGUCUGGCUGCUGCUCAACAAAUGCAACAGUUUGGCAUGGAAGUUGUAGUUUUAGAAGCAAGGGAUCGUGUUGGCGGAAGAAUUGCCACUUUUAGAAAGGCUAGCUAUAUUGCUGAUCUUGGUGCUAUGGUUGUUACCGGUCUUGGUGGGAAUCCUGUUAAUGUACUUUCGAAACAGAUCAGUAUGGAGCUCCAUAAAAUACGCCAAAAAUGUCCAUUGUAUGAUUCCAGUGGAAAGACAAUUCCCAAAGAAAAAGAUGAAAUGGUUGAAAUUGAGUUUAAUCGACUCCUUGAGGCAACUAGUUAUCUAUCUCAUAUGCUUGAUUUCAACUAUUGUGGUGGUAAACCAGUAUCUCUUGGGCAAGCUCUUGAGUGGGUCAUAAAGCUCCAAGAAAAAAAUGUCAAAGAAAAACAAGUUGCUCAUUAUACUAAUGUUGUAAAUUUACAAGAAAAAUUAAUUAAAAACCAAAACCAGUUAAUCACACUCAAAGAUCAUAUUGUUGAUCUUAACAAACAAUAUAAAGGUAUGCAAGAAGUGAAAGGACCCAGAAAUAUUGCUCAUGAAUUCAGUGUACGCCAUAAAUUGAGAGAAAUAAAUGUAGCCUGCAAGGAGUGGGAUCAAUUGAAAGAUCAAGAGAAAGAAAUCUCAGAAAAGUUGAAAGAUCUUGAAAACUCACCUCCGAGUGAUGUUUAUCUUUCUUGUCAAGAUAGACAAAUCUUGGACUGGCACUUUGCUAAUCUUGAAUUCGCUAAUGCAACACCUUUAAACAACCUGUCGCUGAAGCAUUGGGAUCAGGACGACGACUUUGAAUUCACUGGAAGCCAUCUAACAGAGCUGUGGAAGGUAAAUGAACGGUACCGAGGACUUAACGGUGUAGUUGGCGUUAAUAGAGGCGACACGAUGGAGGUUGGGGUAUUCUUUAGCCUGAGGGAGUUGUGGGUUCGUGGGGGCCCCAGGGCGAUUGCCAUCUACCGAUCGGUAAGGAACAAUAUCUUGCCGUCCGGUUAA